ACACUCGCCGUCCCCCGCUUCCCACCACCCAUUUCAUCCCCCCAGCAAAUCCAACCCCACCCCUCUCACUCUCGUCUCCUGUUCGCCAGAGCCACCUCGCUCCAGAAGCUUUCCUCCCCUAGAUCUCCCUCCCGUGCCUGGUCGCGCUGCCGACCCGGCCAUGGCGACCAAGGGGAAGCUCGGGGAGCUAGUGUGGGAGCACCGGGUGCAGGCGGCCGCAGCGGUGGCUUUCGUGGCCGCGGCCGCCGUCUCGAUCUCCGCCGUCGGGCCCAGGCUCGGCGCCGUGGUGUCAUUCUUCUGGCCGCUGCUCGUCUCCACGGGCCUCUUCCUGGUGGCGGUCGCCGUGCUGCUCCGGAUCUCGCCGCCGCCCGCGGGCGACGACGACGAGUCCGGCAAGGAGCUCAUCGACUUCGUCGCCGGGUGCCGCCCGGAGCACCUCGUCCCGGAUGCGGCGCCGCCGGCGGCCGUAGCCCCCGUGGAGGCUCCGCCCGAGCUGCAGAUCUAACGGGCUGCCGGAGGAGGAGGCUGACAGCAGCGUAGCUGUGCUGCUGUGCGUGGCAUGGCGUGCUCCGUCCCCGGGUGAACUUCCUCCAGUGGCACGGGUGGGGGCAACCGUUGCGGGCCCACCUGUAAGUGUCAGGCCGGCGCGCCGCCGUGGCUCGGUAGCCUAGGACUUCUCCAUGUCUUGCUCUGCUCCGGUGUAAGAUACCGUGGAUUUUAAUAAUGAAUCAUGGCAUAAAAUAAAA